AUUGUUUGCUUCCUGAGACCAGGAAACCUAACAGCCAAUUGCCUCAAUUUCUUGGCGGUACGUGUGAUUGUGCAGAUCAAGGAGGUUGUCUGAGGUCUGACAAGGGGCCAUGGAAAGAUCCUGAAAUCUUAAAGAUGAUUCAAUCUGGUGAAGCCGAAGUAGCCAUAUCAAACAGCGAAGGGAGGGUUAUUGCUUAUAACAAGAUGGUUAGAAAUAAUGACGUAUCAACUGCAGAGUCUGGUUCCGAGGUUGAUGAGCUUCUUUCUUCUAGAGCACCUGGGCCACCUCUAGAGUUAAAACUGAUGCCGGUUGAUGAAGAAAGUAGAAUGGCAAGAAACAAUGGGUCUGCUGGUGACUUGCCUGAUAGUGAUGAACAUGUUCCUGUAGUUGUGAAGCUCUUGGAUGCUGGAUCCAAAACCGUAGUCUCUAUGGAUCAGUGUAAUCCGUCCAGAGAGACGCCCUCCCAACCAUCUGUGAACGCGGAGCGAAGUCGCUUCCGAAUUGUUGCUGCAAUCCUGGCCUUCUUUGUGAUGUUAUGUAAUUUCUGCCGAGUGGCAACAGUAAAAGUCUCUCAAGGAGUUCCCAGGCUUAUUUCAAAAUUCCGUAUGCAGUCUUCUGGAUAUGAUACUUGGACCAGAUUUCAGAGAAGAUCUACAACGACCCUCAGUGAGUCCAGAAUUCAUAGAAAGAGAUAUUAGUUCAAUAAUGAGAAGGCUUACCGAAGUUGAAGAGAAGGUACAGACUUUACAAACAAAGCCGGUGCAGAUGCCCUCUGAGAAGGAGGAGCUGCUAAAUGCUGCAAUAUAUCGAGUGGAUGCACUAGAAGCAGAAUUGAUUGCAACUAAAAAGGCAUUACACGAAGCUUUGAUGAGGCAGGAAGACUUGCUUGCAUACAUCGACGCACAAGAAGCUGCGAGAUUCAGGAGGAGAAAGUUCUGCUGAUGAAGAGUGAGUUGCUGCAUUCAAGGAGAUAUUUUCCAUUUUGUUAUUCUCUUGUUGGGUAGAGUGCUGUGGUAAAUUUUUGAAUCAGUACGUGAUCUCCUUGUAUUUGUGUACAGUAGUGAUAUGAUGCACUUUACAAUCUUCUUCGAAGGUAAA